GGUUUUUCUUAUAGACAACAACACCAAAUAUCUACGAGCAAUGCCACCUAAGAGAAGAAGAGAGGAUCCAGAUGCUAAAGAGCAGAAAUCGUUGCUUUCCUCGGCAGCAGAAAUUGCUUUCCCCAGAGGUGGUGCUUCCAUCUUGACACCUAUGGAGAUGAAAGAAGUUGCAAAUGAAGCAAAGAGGGAUGUUCUUUUCGAACAGAAAAGUAAAUCUGAGGCUAGUGAAACUGUUUCGGAACAACCUUUGAAGAAGAGAUCGAGAGGGAAUAAGAAAUCGAAAUCUUUGAACCUUUUAUCUAAAGAUGAACAAGAAGAGGAAGACGCCAAAAAAAGUAUCACUGUUGAUUCUCUUUCGUACAACAUCUUGAAUCCUGGAUCAUACAUUUUGGGUAUGGUCCAAGAAAUAAAUAAAAUGGAACUUGUUCUUUCCUUACCAGACAAUCUUGUUGGUUAUGUUCCAAUCACCAACAUCUGUGCGGAACUCGUCAAACUACUAGAAGAAUUUGAUGACCAAGAAGAAUCUGACAGUGAGAGCGACAGUGAGAGUGAUAGUGGCGACGAAGAAAAGGAUGGCAGGAUAAGCAAGAAUGCAAAACAGGUGAAGGAAUUCCCGCUUCUUUCUGAUAGAUUCACAGUUGGCCAGUACUUAAGAGCGAAGGUUGUUCCUAAUACCAACGAAAAAGCAAAGAAGAGAAUCGAACUUUCUAUAGAGCCAGAGAAGGUCAAUGCACCUAUGGACACCAAGGAAGAUUUUAUUGCUGAUGCGAUUGUCCAAGCUUCAGUUGUCUCCUUGGAAGAUCAUGGUGCGAUUUUAAAGUUUGGCAAGAAGCAGAAGCUGUCUGGUUUUAUAUCCAAGAAAGAGCUUUCCUCUUUUUCUCCAAAUGUACAGAUUGGUUCUGUCAUCAUGGUGUAUAUUUCAAAUGUGAACCCAAGAACCGCCACAUGCAAGUUCCCUGUUGCCGUCGUCAAGAAGCAACCAAUGGUUUCAUCCGUUUCCACAAUCGAUGGAAUUCUUCCAGGUAUGCUUGUCGAUGCAGUCGUUGAGGACGUCACGUCAGAUGGGUUGGUCUGCAAGUCUCAUUCGCUAUGUCCAGCAUCUUUAUCUCUACAACAUUUGGGCCCUCUUCAAACCUUCGAAGAGCUGAAACACAACUAUGCUGUUGGAUCAACGAUCAAGGCAAGGGUUAUUGCCGUCUACAUGAAAAACGGCACUACAAAGGUAUCAUUAUCCGCUUUACCAGUUCAUCAGACUCUCACAUAUCCAGGAAAAGACGCUCUUGAGGCCUUCCCUAUUGGCCAUGUUUUUGAUAGUGUCACAAUUAAAGGUAAGAGCUCAAUUUUCUUCUUCAUUGAUUUGAUGUCAGGUGAGAUCCCUGGUGAAGUCCAUAAAUCAAGAGUUUCGAAAGGUACUGACUUGGAUAUGGAUUUCAAAAUUGGUUCCACACACAAAGCUAGAUUACUCAACUACUCAAUGUUUGACAAUUUGUACAUUUUAACCCUAGAUCAAGUGAAAAUUGAUGUGACUUACUUGAGAGCGAACGAUAUUCCAGUUGGUCACAAAAUAACAUGUGAGAUUGAAAAGGUAUCUGCUUCUGGAAUAACAGUGAAACUUGAAAAUGAUUUCAAAGCAACUGUGCCGGCAUUCCAAAUAAGUGACAUCAAACUAGUCUAUCCAGAAAGAAAGUUCAAAAUAGGUUCAAAAGUUAAAGCAAGAAUUUUAGAUGUUAGACCAUUUAAUUCGGGUGCUUCACUAUCAGCGACGCUAAAAAGAUCUCUGGUAAACGCAGAAGAGUCUGAUAUUGUAACAUCUUAUGAUGAUUUAACUCCUGAAAAGCGUGCUUUGGCUACUGUUGAGAAAAUACUGCCAAGCGGUUGUGUUGUUUCCUUUUUUGGUGGUGUGUCUGCCUUUUUGCCAAAUGCUGAAAUCAGUGAAUCGUAUGUCAAAAAUGCUUCUGAGUAUGUCAAGCUUGGCCAGACCGUUAAAGUUAGAGUUAUAUCUGUUGACACGAAGCAGAAGAAAUGUUUGGUCAGUUUGAGAAUAUCAAACGAAGUGUCUCAAGACCAAAUGUCCACAUUAGAAAAAUUAGUUCCAGGCAAAUCAGUUGUGAGCGCUGAAGUUGUUGAAAAGGAUAGAAAUACAGUUAUUGUCAAAAUUGAAGGCUCUGAUGUACGUGGAAUUAUAAAUAUAGGCCAAUUGUCAGAUGCACCAAUUGACGACUGCCGUGGUCUUUUAAAGAAGUUGAAGGUUGGUGAAAAGCUUGAAGCUCUUGUGUUGAUGAUCGAUAACCGGAAAAGAGGUGUUACGUUGUCCGCAAAACGUUCGUUGAUUAUUGAUGCUAAGAGCGGUAUCCUUCCAACAGAAUUCUCAGAUAUCUCCAUUUCCGAUACGGUUUUGCAUGGUUACGUUAAAACGGUGAUCCCAUCAGGUGUAUUUGUUAACUUUGGUAACAAUUUGACUGGCUUGGUUAUCCCUAGAUUCGCUUCAUUCAAGAAAAUCAAUGACUUAACCACCGCUUUUGCUGCUGAUCAAUCUGUAAGUUGUACAGUUGUCAAUGCUGAUGAAAACAACCACAGGUUUUUACUCUCUUUAUUGGUUGAAACUGCUAAUUCGAAGGAAAAGGCUGAAAAUCCAGUGGACAAAACUGUUAAGACAUUAGGUGAUUAUUCUGUUGGAAAAAUCACACAAGGUACUAUCAAAUCCAUUGAGAAAACACAUUUGUUAGUCAGAUUAAGUGAUAACCAAGAUGGGCGUAUUGAUAUCAGUGAAAUUUUUGAUAGCGUUGAAAAGGUCAAAGAUUUGAAGAACCCACUAGCUGACUUCAAAAUUGGACAAAAGUUGAAAAAAACCAAGGUUAUUGGUUACUUUGACUUAGAAAAAGCCAAGUUUAUUUAUUCAAAGAAAGCUAAAUCUAACCUAGUUGAAUUAACCAUCAAACCAAAAAACCUUGAAAACUCAGAAUUGAUUUAUCCUGCUUCAUUCAAAGACAUUAAGGAAGGUGAUGCUGUAUUAGGUUAUAUUUUGAGUGUGAAUAACGGAUAUUUCUGGUACAGCAUUUCCCCUGCUCAAAAAGCCAAGAUGUCUUUUGUUGAUGCUACUGACGAUGUUGAAAAACUUGAACAUUUCAGUGAAGAAUUCCAAGUCGGUACGAUUGUGCCUACUAAAGUAACUCAUGUUGAUAUUGAUCAUUUUGCUGUCAGUGUCUCUGGACGUAAGAAUACUAUAAGAUCAGCAGACGAAAUCAAGGUCGGUGAUGUUUUACCUUCCUUGAUUUUGAAUGUUAGAGACAACUCUGUUUUAGUGUCUUUGGGUGAAAAUUUGACUGCCGUUUCAAUGGUUACUGAUGCAUUAGAUGAUUAUACUUUACGCUUAAGUGAUAUUUUCCAUGUCGGUGAAUUUCACACAGCUACAGUUGUCUCCACUGACCGUAAAAUCUACGUUUCUUUGAGAAGUAAACAUCCUAAAGAUAGAUUGAUUAAUUCCGUCGAAGAUAUAAAGCGUGGUGACAUUGUUAGAGGUUAUAUCAACAAGAUUAACAAUACAGGUUUGUUUGUUGAUCUAGGAAGAUCUGUUUAUGCUUUGGUUCGUGUGUCAGACAUCUCAGAUUCAUUUUUGAAGAACUGGAAAGAAGGCUUCUCUGUCAACCAAUCCGUCAAAGGACGUAUCAUUGAAGCAAAUUCGGAAAACAGAGUUUUAUUGUCUUUGAAGAACAGUGUUGUGAAUGGAGAUCUACAAAACUUGAAAAUUUUUGCAGACUUGAAAGUCGGAGAUGUGUAUGAAGGUACGAUCAAGAAGGUGGAAGAGUACGGUGUAUUCGUUUCAUUGGAUGGUACUGACAAUGUGUCUGGUUUAUGUCAUCGUUCAGAAAUCACUGAUGCACCAGUUAAGAAUGCAGGUGAUAUCUUCAACGAAGGCGAACACGUCAAAGUCAAAGUUUUAGACAUCAACCACCAAAAGAAGCAACUGUCAUUGGGUAUGAAAGCCUCCUACUUCAAAGAAGAUGAAAAUGAAGAUGAGGAUGGUGAUUUGGUUAUGGCUGAUGACUCAGACAAUGAUGAAGAUGAAAAGAUGGAAGAUGCUCCAGAAAGCGAAGAUGAAAGCGAAGAUGAAAAUGAGGUUGAAGAGAAGAGCGAAGGCUUAUCAGAAAGUGUUGGCCUUUCAACCGGUUUAUCCACUGGCUUUGAUUGGACAGCAUCCAUUUUGGAACAAGCUAAAGAAGAAGAAUCAUCAGAUGAAGAGGAAGAGUUUGAGAAAAAGAUCAACAAAAAAUCGAAGAAGACAAAGGCUGAAGAGGCUGAAGACAAAACCGGAGACCUUUCUACCAGAACCCCUCAAUCUAUCUCCGACUUUGAAAGACUAUUGGUGGGAAAUCCAGAUUCUUCAAUCUUGUGGAUUCAAUACAUGUCAUUCCAGCUUCAAUUGAGUGAGAUUGAAAAGGCAAGAGAAAUUGCUGAAAGGGCAUUGAAAACUAUCAAUUUCAGAGAAGAACAACAGAAGUUGAAUAUCUGGAUUGCAAUGUUAAAUUUGGAGAAUUCGUUUGGUGAUGAGGAAUCCUUAGAUUCCGUUUUCAAGAGAUCUUGUCAAUAUAUGGACGCAUACUCUAUGCAUCAAAAACUAGUUGCGAUCUACAUUGCUUCUCAGAAAUAUCGCAAAGCAGAGUCAUUAUUUGGCACACUAUGCAAGAAAUUUGGGGCAAAGCAUCCUAACGCUUGGGUUUCUUAUGGUAGCUUCCUCAUAGAUAGGGAUAACAAUGAAGAAGCUCACAGUGUUCUUGCUAAAGCUUUACAGAUACUACCAAAGAGAGAUCAUGUUGAUGUUGUCAGGAAGUUUGCACAACUGGAGUUCCAGAAGGGCGACCCAGAACAAGGUCGGUCCUUAUUUGAAGGUCUAUUAUCUGAUGUUCCAAAAAGAGUUGAUUUAUGGAAUGUUUAUAUUGACCAAGAAAUAAAAACGGAUGAUAAGAAAAAGGUCGAUGGUUUGUUCGAAAGAGUUAUUGAAAAGAAACUUACUAAAAAACAAGCCAAAUUCUUCUUUGCUAAAUGGUUGGAUUUUGAAGAACAGAAAGGCGAUGAAAAAUCACAGGAUUACGUUAAAGCCAAGGCAGCUGAGUAUGCCCAAAAACUCUCAAAGAAAUAAGCGUUCAAAGAAUGCUUUACCCUGAUAUAUAAUUAAAAUAGACAUAGAUAUUGUUAUUUUAGCCUAUUGACAUUAUCUUUCAUUUGUAUUUACUAAAGAAAAAGUUUUUCGUU